AUGAGUGCUUUAGACUCAACGGAAAGGACAGUAUUAAAGGCAAUUAAGACCGAGGAAAUUCGAGAAGAAUUAUUAUUCCGAUUAUUACCUAAUACAGGUCAAAAAGAAGAACUUGUAGACAUGCUUCUCAGCGACAAUGAGCGAGUAGUAGCUGACGGAAUACAAGCAAACCUUAUUGCAGCUAGAAAAAAACGAAACGAAGACGCUCAAAAAAUUAUUGAAUUGCAGAACACUAUCGCCACGAUGAGCUUAACCCAAAACAGCCAACCAGCCAACGAAAAUGUUCUGGAACUCAUUCUCCGAUUAUCACAAUCGCAACAAGCAAUCGCCGAUAAAUUAUCACUAAACUCUCAACAUCAAGUAUAA